AUGGAAACAAGAUCCGCUAAGAGGAAGCGUCUCCAGUUACGAGACGAGCACGAAGCUGAUCCGAUCGCCGACGUCGACCAAAUCAGCGACCUUCCGGACGCCGUCCUCCACCGCAUCCUCUUCCUCCUGCCCAUCAAAUCCGUUGCCCAAACCAGCGUCCUCUCCAAGCGAUGGCGAUGGCUCUGGUCCUCCUUCCCGGACCUCGAUUUCACUACCGUCAGCCACCCUAUCCCCCAUUUCUCCUCCUCCACCAUCAUCACCUCCGGCGGCCGGAAAAGAGUCCACUCUCCCGUCGCCAAGAGCAUGGACUUCAUCAGCAACGUUCUCGCCCUCCGCGACAAGCAUUCCGAUCUCCGAACUCUCCGCUUCUGCGCCCAAUUGAGCUUCUCCCGGCUCAACAGCUUGAUCCGAUGCGCUGUGCGGAACAAUGUGCAAGAACUCGACGUCGAAGUCGCCACGAACGAUUACUUCAACUUCCCUAGAAGUGUCAUAACCUGCGAAUCUUUAAGAAUCUUCAAGCUCAAAUCUCGUUAUCCCGGUUUCCGGCUUCCUCCAUCGCCGAUAAUGAAAAGCGGUUUCCUAUCGCUCCAAACCCUUUCUCUCUCACUCAUAAUUCUGUACGAUCAACCCUCUCUUCUCGAUCUGUUCACCGCAUCGUCCUUUCCACUUCUCAAGAAACUCAACCUCGACGCCUGUUUCGGGCUGAAACAUCUCACAGUUGGUUGUCGGGCGCUCGAGGAUUUAACUCUAGAGAACUGUUUCCAGCUGCAUGAUUUGAGCGUUUGUUGCGGGAAGUUGGAGAGAUUGCGAGUGGCGAGUUGCUUCGACGCUUAUGGCGGGCAUAGUUGGGUGAAGAUUGAUGCGCCAAGACUGAGAACCUUUCUUUGGGAGUAUAAUGCCAUCACUGAGAGCUCGUCUCUAGAGAACUUGGAUUCCAUCAAUGAAGCCUCAGUUGGGUUCUUUGUGCUUCAAGAGGAGAUAACUGCGGCCAAGCGGUGGAGCCUUGCUAAUUUCCUGACUGGACUGUCUCGCGCCCAGUGUUUCACGCUUGAAAGCCAAUGUGUGGAGCUUCUGUCGAGGAACAAUCAUUUCGCAAGUGUUCUGCUGCAACCAUUCAACAACCUGAAAACCUUGGAACUCCGAACCGAGUUGGACAAGCACAACAUUCCGGCGCUGGCAUGCCUUUUCCGUAGCUCACCCACUCUCCACACCCUUAUCAUCAAAAUCAUCAACGACCACAAGAUCCAAAGGAGACAAUGGAACAGGGAGCUGUGGGACUUGUCGAGCUCGGGCGAAGAGCGGUUCUGGGAGUCGCAGAGCCAGGCAUUGAAGCAGUUCCUGAAUCACCUAAAGGUGGUGACGAUCCAUGGGUUUUCACAGUGUGAGAACGAUGUGAUUCUGGCCAAGUUCUUGCUCAAGCACGCCAAGGUUCUGCAAGAGAUGACUCUCUGCUCCGGACACUACACCCACAGAGACUCCCUCCGCCGAGAGAGAAUCAAGUCGCAGAUGAUGGGUUUCUCCAAGGCUUCUUCUAAUGCUCAAAUUUCUUUUUUAUAA